ACAGGAAGUCAAGUCAUAUCUUUGUUGCUACGACAACGUUUGGCCAGUCUCACCAAAAGUAAUGUGCUCACCAGAGUAAAUAUCAGGGUUAACCAAAGUAAAGAAAUCUCCUGAUAAUUGAAAACCAAGUCAUCUGCACGGGGGAUGCAGCGACGUCAUAAUGGCUGUUCCAGUGUGGGAUCUCCCCAUCCCGCUGCCUGCCAUCAUCAUGAUUUCGGUUGGACUCUAUAUGGUUUUUCUUGCAGUCGUGCUGUGGUGUCAUCACUGCCUCAAGGCUAAAUGUGAUCCUCGGUGUUCAGACUGCUGUGUGGGUUUCUCUCCGUGCGAGUACUGUUUAGUGUGUGCACAGUCAUGUGACUGUCGUCCUCCAUCUCUGAGAUCCUGUCUAGACAACUCCUGUCCUUCUCCUAAUUGUACCAUGAUGGAUUGCGCCUGUACUUGUCAACCGCCAGAGUGCGACUCCAUCAACUGCAUCUGCUUCGAGAUCAAGUUUAAAUAGAAAAGUGGAGGGAUGAAGGAAGAUGCCCACCCACUUUACUAUAAAAGAUGCCUUACAAACUCCAUGUGAUACUUGAGCAUGUUUUACGCUAAAACUCUCAUCGUUCUGUAACGUUUGCAUCAUUUGGGAAACAUUACAGCAUCUCCAACAAAUCAGAGCAAUUGAAGAAAUGAAAAAUCUGACAUGAAAAUUUCAAACAUGACUUUCUAUGACUGUUUUUCUUUUGCUAAAGUGUCAUAUGAGAGUUAUUGGACAUAUUUUUGUCAUAAAAAGUGCUGUAAGUACACAAGCAUUACAGAAUUGCAGAGCGCUAAGUUAAGGGUUUUUAUAUAUAGUUGUAGCACUAAGAUAGUGAUUACUUGAAAAAUUUAGUAAAUCCAUUGCCUUAAAGUUGAUUUUACCUGUAAGUAAAAAUGUAAAUAAUUCUGUUGUAACUUAAAGCUGUUAUGUUCACUUAACUUAUUUAAAGAUUUGCAAUGACAAAACAGUGGUAUUGGUGUCUCAUGUCAUCAUAUACAAUAAUACAGCCGUCUAUUUUACUAAGUAAUAUUUUUAAUGCAAUGGAUUUACACCCUUUUUAAAAGUAAAGUCAAUUAAUCUCUUUUAUACUGUGUAUGGCUUUCAGUGCCAUGAACUUUUAAAACAGAUUUUUACUUUUCAGCACAAAGGUUUGUUUACAAAUGUUUUCAUUUAUGUAUUUUAUAUAGUCUUAGUCAGAAAUCAAUAAUUAUUUUUGUCAUAUAUGGAAAAAUUAGAGCAUUUGAAAAUUGGUAUGCUAAUAUUUGUUCGAACAUUUUAUAGGAAUUGAAAUUAAUAAGUCAUUUAGAGCAUUUAUAUUUUGUCAUUUUUUAGCAUUUAUCAGAUUGAAACAUUUUUUUUUUUUUCAUUUUGCCAAAUACAGAUUUAAUUUGUUUUACUCUUCUAUAGCUAAAACUUUAGUAUUGUUUUGUCUGAAAUGGAAUCUGAACAUGUCUGGUGCCUUUCUUGUGAUUUUAUGCCACUAAAUGCUCUAAAUGACUACAUUUUACUUUCAAUUGAACAUGAACCAUCAGUAGUUUACACGCAUUGUUCCACUUUGAUUCACUAAAUAACCCUUGUCAUAACUUGUUUUUGUGGUAUCUAGUGUAAUGAUGAAAGUGUAUAUUAUUGACAGGCCAUCAUUUUGAUUGUUAUAUAUGAAAUAUGAUCUAACAAUAUGUUUAUAAUAAUGUUUUAUGUCAUGUACUGUUAUGGAUGAGGCCAUAUUUUAAUGCCAACAGCCAGUUUACUGUGAUUUACAUAAUCUUUCUGUGUUGCAGUCACCAUAGUCCUUUUUUGUAUGAAUUUUUUUUAUAUAGAAAUAUGUUAUUUUUGUAAAUGUGUAGAUUUAAAAUUAAAGAUUUCCUGCAAAAAUGAA